AUGUACCGGCUGACAGAAUUACUUCCAGAUUCUUUUCCAGCUGUCAAGAUUUGUAGGUACACCACCACACACCUAGAGACUUUUGGAGAUAUAGCAGCCCAUAUGGUGAAGGAUAAUGCUCUGAAAUCUGUGCUUUCAUUUACACAAACUGGCUGGUCAGCGACUAUUACAGAGGAUUACGAACCUUACUACCGGAAGCAAAUAGAAUUGGCUGUGAAUGACAAUUGUGUCUUAUGGGGAGAACGAGUGAUCAUUCCAAAAACCCUCCAGAGACAUAUCUUGGACUUGGUACAUACUGGUCAGCCUGGUACCCUAUGGAUAAAACAGAAAGCAUGA